UUGAAUAAAAGCAUGGAGGCUGCUGUGUAUUUGUGCUCUGAUCCAAAUAUCACUUUUGCUAGUGCUGUGCCUUUCUUUGGAAGAACUUAGGCGAUAUCGAUAUUUUCCCAAUUGAUAGAUUCGGCCUCGGUGUUUUGGGCGGGUCGAGACGGAGCAGCAGCAGUAGCAGCGAUGGAGUGGUUCGGGACUGGAAACUCCCCAAUGUUUCCCGAAGAGGAAGAGGGUUACAGUGCCUCUGCCUCUUCUGUGCCAAGUAGCUUUCACAGCUCAUCACUGCAGGAGGAUGCCAGUGCAGAGUCCAUGGUGUCCCUGUGCCAGAGGCAGCAGCAGUGUGUGAAGGCCUCCGUUUCCAGCUGGCAGUUAGUGGAGGCUCAGGACCAGCUGUGUGGGAUGGAGCUGCACGGCUCCGAGAGCGUCGAGCAGGAGCGCGCCCGCGCUGUCGCCGGCCAAUCGGAGCUCUCGCAGACAGAACAUGAGUGGCGCCGGAAGGAGAGCAUGCUGGGAGGGAGCAGGAGCCCCGUGCUCAGCACUGACAGCAGCCGGGACAUGUUCGACAAGAGUAUUAUUAAUAGUAAAAACGUUGAAUUGGAGGUUCACGACAAGAGCAAAACCUUUGUUCAGAAGUAUGAAAAAGAAUUGAGACAUUUUGGCAUGUUGCGGCGGUGGGAUGACAGCCAGCGCUUCCUGUCUGACCUGCAUCACCUUAUCUGCGAGGAGACGGCCAACUACCUGAUCCUCUGGUGCUUUAGACUUCAGGCCGAAGAGAAAGAGGCGUUGAUGGAGCAGGUAGCUCACCAGGCUGUUGCUAUGCAGUUUAUCCUGGAGAUGGCCAGCACCUCUCAGCAGGAUCCCAGAGGCUGCUUCCGUCACUUCUUCCACAAAGCCAAAGCUGGACAAGAGGGGUACUUAAACGUCUUCCAUGCUGAGCUAGAAGCCUUUAAGCAGAGAGUAAAAGAGUACACCGUCAAGUUCAAAGGAGAGACACUCUCCAACGACACACCGCUCCAGAGCAGUACAGCACGCUGUCAUCUGGAUCCCAAAGAGGUUCUAGAAUCUUUACCCCCAGAACUGAAGGCAGGGUUCCAGCUGCAAGACAUGCAGAUUCUCCAGAAUGUUCUCAGCACCAUGAAUCCACAGGUGGCAGAGUACCAUGUGAAGCGUUGUCUGGAGUCCGGCUUGUGGACGAACAAAGAAGGGAGACGGUCCAAGGAGGAAGGUAAUCCAGAAACAGAUGAUCUGCGCAUGAUGGAGACAUAACGACUGGUGCACGCUCCCUCCAUCUCUCCCAUAGGAAUUGACACUCAAUAGGAAAAGGGCUGAGCUCCCCACAGAGACUUAUUUUUGUAUGCAGCAGAAUCUGCGCCUGAAUGUGUCUUGCACUUUAUAUUUGUUUAAAACAAUCUAUUUAAAGAAGGCGAGUGGUAGGUAUUUUGAGGCACUUACCCUUUCUCAUAUAGCUAGAGUAUCUCUACUCAUGUUAUCUCGAUUGUUUUAGCAGAGUGAACCUUGCUUUGUAAGGAAGUCAUCUUUACACAUGAAUUUACAAGCGCUACUUCAAACUUUUGAGAAUGGUUUUUGUUUAUAUAUUUUGGGGUAUUCCUGUGACUCUGUUAAUCAACCUCAUGGGUGUGAAGAAGGGAGAUAACAGUCCAUCUACAGUAGGCUUCACAAGUAGGAAGUCUAGCGGUUAAGAGCGUUGGGCCAGUAACAGAGAAAUUGGCCGCUCUGCCCUUGACCAAAGCAGUUAACCCCCCCGCACCGCUCUGAUACAGAGGGGUUGGAUUAAGAGCGGAAGACUCAUUUCGGUUGAAUGAAUUGUUGGGCAAAUGACUAGGUAUCCCCCUUUCCUUCCUUUAGUAGGAGGGGAAAAGCCUGAGCAUUACAAUCAAACUUGCUCUUGUCGUAAAUAAAAGAGCACCAUGUUUUGGUUGAAGAAACAAGAGGCCUGGAGUCCUAUUUCUGCAGGCUCUAACAUUCUGUCCAACACCGCUGAGCCACUAGUGCAUGUGGUUAAAACUGUCAGACACGUGCAAACGCUCUGGGCCCAUAUUCACAAAGCGUGAGUAGGAGUGCUAGUCUAAGGUCUGGUCAACACCUCUAAUUCAUAAUGGUUUAAAAGGUCUGCCCCCGCCCCCAUAAUGGUUUAAAAAGCUAAACUGAUCUCAGAUCAGCACUCCUACUCUGACACUGGAUGAGGGCCCUGUGCUCUUUCAGCUCCUGUGUGUCCAAUUUGUCAUUAAGACAAUAUUUAAUGCCGAUAUACUACCAUGGUAGUAUAAUGACGACUUCACUAUGCAAAGCAAUGAGUUUGCUGUUAUUACUUUUGUUACUGCUGGUCACUCAUCCUCAACCAACACUCAUAAAAUGUCUUGCUCUGUCCAUCACAGAAGAAUAAGCUUCUCAACAUAUCAAUGUAUGGCUGCUAAACUCAACUGCUCACAUAAUUGAUUGUGAAACUGGAAACAACCUGUAGAACUUACCUUGGCUGCCAUAACGUGAAAACAUCCUGUACUAGUCUGUGCUCUGUUUGAAAUAGAACUGCUUUAAAACAACUGUGCAGGGUAAAUGGCUAUAAUACAUUAGGUCUACCUGAACACAUUUUAAACGUUCUGCAAAAGUCUAAUGAAAUAAAUGAAUUCAAAUCU